AUGAUCCCGCGACAACCGCCACCAGCAGGCCCUCUGGGCACAGACUUUGACUACUCCGUCGCCGGUGUUGCCGGUGUACUGGUCGCUCUGGGCGCUCCCUGGCCCAUGGGCCAGAUUGCCGAGGUGUUGUCCGACAAGCAGCUUGGACUGGCCUUCUUCACCAUGUUUCUGCACGUUAUGUACGUCGGAGGACUGGUGACGGAGGCGUGUUUCCCGGCCAACUUUGUGACCACGGCCAUAAAGAUCCCCAAGCCCAUUUUUCUCGCCACCAAGGUGGUCUACAUUGCGUUUGCAUCGUGGGAGUUUUCUGGCCAUGGCGACAUGUCUCUCUACCUGGUGGGCAUUCUGCUGGCUACUCUGGUGUUGACCGAGUUGGGAGCAGCUCUGAAGGCUAACAAACAUACUGCCCAGGACAAGAAAACGCAGUAG